UGAAGUUUGAAUGUUGACUAGGUGGCUAGUUGAUAAAUAUAAUUUUUUCAUUAAAUAAACUGAUAAGAUAAAUCUGAAAGUAUGAUAAUGAACGAAUGAUUUGAUUUACGCGCAGGUACAAUAAAAAGAAUAAGAAAAUUUUGCAUUGCAGACUGGUUUUCUGAUGUGCCUAAGUUGAUUAUUAUUUCGCUAUUCAAUUUUCUGAAUACUGAUAAUUACACCAGUCCAAAUAUAUCAGAAGAAAUGUCCAGCUCAGAUCAAAGCACCAGUUCGAAAAACAAAUAUUCCAUACUUCUACCCACUUACAAUGAGGUGGAGAACCUCCCCAUUAUGAUAUACCUCCUGGUGAAAUAUAUGAGCAAAAGUGGGUACGAUUAUGAGGUCAUAGUCAUCGACGAUGGUAGCCCUGAUGGAACUCUUGAAGCUGCGCAGCAACUGCAGAAGAUUUACGGGGAAGAUAAAAUAGUUUUGAGACCCCGAGAAAAAAAAUUAGGUUUAGGGACCGCCUAUAUUCAUGGGAUGAAGCAUGCUACUGGAAAUUUCAUUAUCAUAAUGGAUUCUGAUUUGAGCCAUCAUCCAAAAUUCAUCUCCCAAUUCAUCGAAAAACAACAAUCUGAAAACUUAGACCUUGUAUCCGGCACUCGCUACGUCGGAUCAGGAGGAGUAUACGGCUGGGACUUCAAGAGAAAAUUAGUCUCUCGCGGUGCCAAUUUCUUAACGCAACUGUUACUACGCCCUGGUGCCUCCGACCUCACAGGCUCUUUCAGACUGUACAGAAAGGACGUACUCGAUCAGCUUAUCAAGCGUUGUGUUUCGAAGGGUUACGUCUUCCAAAUGGAAAUGAUCAUCAGGGCCAGAGAGCUCGGUUUUACCAUCGGAGAGGUGCCUAUUACUUUUGUUGAUAGAGUUUAUGGGGAAUCGAAGUUGGGUGGGUCUGAGAUCGUUCAGUUUGUUAAAGCCAUGUUGUAUUUGUUUGCAACUACCUAAUGAUGAAGUUUAUAGU